CGCGAGGUGGCCAACCUCCCGGGUCCUCCGCCUGUGCCAUACUUCGGCUGGUUGAUUGGAAACAUGGCCGACCUCGCAGAGUACCGCGACACCGUCAUGCACCCCGACUGGGUAGCCAUGGGCUGGACCGGACGAUGCCAGCACAUUAUGGGGCAGGAGACGAUCUGGACAUACGACCCGGUGGCCAUGGGCAGCAUCCUGCAGAGCGCGGACGUGUGGGAGCGCGCGAAGAACACGGAGCGUCUGCUCCGCCGCAUCACCGGUUCGGGGAUGUUGACCGCCAAGGGCGCGGCUCACCGGCGGCAGCGGCGGAUUGUGAACCCCGCAUUUUCGACGACCGCCAUCAAGGCCAUGGUGCCCGCCAUGUUUGAGAAGGCCGAACUGUGCGCCACGCUCUUGGGCCGGUGCGUUGACGACGACUCGCUCGAGAGCUUUGCCUCGAGAUACCCACCUAAGCCUGAAGACCGCGUCCCAGGCGCCCGGAAGGUCGACAUGCUUGCGCUCUGCUCCAAGCUCACGCAGGACGUUAUCGGCGCCGCAGGCUUCAACACUGACCUUGAAAGCUUACGGCCUGCUGAUAACCCACUGGACAACAGCAUCCAGUACAUGCUUAACACCAUUUUUGACGACACGAUUAUCUCGAUGGGUCAGAAUUUGUACUGGUUGCUGGACAAGAUCCCUACGCGCACUCGGCGAGCGAUGAAGACUUGUCGUACCGAAAUGGAGAGGGUCUCCGAGCGUCUCAUGACCGAACGUGCCGCCAAACAGGAAGGCUCGGUGGUUGAUGCGGAUGAAGACAAGGUGCCUGAUAUGCUGGACCUUCUCUUAAAGGCAAACUCAGCCGAACGCGAGGACCAGCGCCUCUCAGACGAGGAGGUCCGUUCGCAACUCUCGACUCUACUAUUCGCCGGAAGCACGACGACUGCGGGCACAAUAUGCAGCCUGCUGCGCUUCCUGGCGCUGCAUCCAGAUAUUCAGGCGCGCCUGCGCGAGGAGAUUGAGGCCACGGAAGAGCGGCCUAGCUUCGAAACGCUCAACGCACUGCCCCUCCUAGACGCUACGGUACGAGAGACGCUGCGGCUGGAGCCUGCCGCAACGUGCACCGUUCGCACAAAUACGAAAGACACUGUCAUUCCCCUCAGCGUGCCCGUGCGCGGACGCGACGGCACCAUGAUCGAAAAGGCGCUGCCGGUAGCCAAGGGCUCGUACGUCCUCCUCUCCAUCUCCAGUCUCCAACGCCACCCGGAUGUGUGGGGUCCCGACGCCGAGGAAUUCAACCCUGACCGCUACAAGGACCCGAGUAUUCCCAAGAUGAACAUCCCCGGCAUGUGGGGCGGCCUGGCAUCCUUCAUCUCCGGCCCGCACCAUUGCAUUGGGUGGCGCCUGGCGCUUGCUGAGAUCAAGAUCGUCACGUUCACGCUCUUGCGCCACUUUGCGUUCGAGGAGCUGCCCAGCAAGCCUGAUAUCUUCAUCGUAAUGAAUGUGGCAAGCCGGCCUGAGGUCAAGGGUGAGAGCGGCGGUCAGAUGCCGUUGCUCGUUCGCCGUAUUGAGGCGUAAAUAAAGCAGAGAAUAUAUUCCGACAUCAAAAGGCGCUUAAAAAACUGAUAUUCGAGUGAUGUUGUGUGAAGACCAUGCUAUUUCUUGUGUACUUCCA